AGCAGGCAAACUUGUCGAUAAACUCGGCAUCUCCGAGUUGAACGCGGCAUUAAUUUUUUUACUUUGUGCGAAUAAUAUUGAGUAAUUUUGAUAAGGCAAGAUUGACGAUAAUCGAAAACGUGACAGCCAAUUUUUUGCGCACUUUUAACGACACGCCGUUUCCAUAGUUACAGUUAUUUUCGCAAUGUAGUUCGAGCGAUCACUGUGUGUGACGUCAGGGACACACCGUCUCACUUUGCUUUCAGCUGCUCGUUUAUGGCGCAGGGACGUCAAAUCAAAGUGGUUUGAGUGGCCCAAAUCAAUUCUUAUCCAACAUUUUAUCCGAAGAAAGAAAUUUUAUGAAGAAUAUGAAUCACUGAGUAGUAGCAUUAUGGGAGUAACGGGAUCUCUGUGACUUUUCGAAUUCCUUCCUCUCUUUGAUAAUGGAGGCAGUAAGAAUCGACACACUUCCUUCUACCGAAUCAAACAAGCUUUGCUCUUUACUAAGUACUGAUGCACGUGAUUCGAAUGAUAUAUCGAAGGAAAAAGAGGAAGAACUUUUGUACGGUGCAGGUGAGGAUGUUGAUGAGGACGAAGCUCUCUCUGACGACAGCUUGCGUUUGAAAUUUUCUGAUGACGAGGAAGCUGAUCAAGACGAUGCUGGCUCCUCCUCUGAACAUUUUUAUAAGCCAGUGAAGGAAGAAGACACGUCUGAGGACGCGAAAUCUGAAACUUCGGAAGCGUUUGACACAAACACAGAGGAAAAGUUGCAGUGCCAGGCAAGUUCUGCAAGCGAAUCAAAAUUAAUUGGCGAAGAAAGUAUUGUCGUCAAGUCGGACGAGCAGUGUGUCGAAGAAGAGCAGAGAAAAAUUGUGGAUGGUUUAGAGGAGUCAGAGAGUAGUUGCGUUGAAGCUGCGCAUGAUCAGGAUACAGUCAUGAACGGAAACGACCCGAGAUAUUUUCAAAGUGUUAUCAGGCCGAACUUUGAGAAUCGAUGGAGGCAAAAUUCGCCCCGUGCACGCACAUCUUUCAACAAUCAUUCGUCCCAUCAGCGCUCCUAUUAUCCCGAGACUAAUUUCCGAUCCUCGGAAUCUGAGCACAUGAACAGCAGGUAUUAUAACAAACAGAAUCAUUAUGGGAGAACAAGAGGAUCGAGCAAAUCCCAUCAUCAGAGUUAUAGUGAACACAAUAAUAGGAAUUCGAGUGAGCACAGCAGUAGGAGUUCAAAGUCGCGAUCAUCCCUGGACAGAAGAAAAGAUUCGCCCUACUCGUCAUCAUUGCGCGUCAUUGAUACCAGCGGCAAAAGAAGAUCGGACCAGGAGAAGAGGGAUUCGAGGAGCAAAGCGGAGAGGAGGGAAUCGCGAGGCAGUGACAGGAAGUCGGAGCCGAUUAGCGUACGCGAACGCGAUCGCGAUCAUAAAAUGGAUGUUGUUGAAACCCCGGAAGAGGCAUUGUCGCCGGAGAAUGGGGAACACGAGAAGGAAAACUCCAAUGACUGUCCCACUGACUCGGAAUCGCUGCCGGUUGAGUCUCCUCUUGCUGAUGAAGUCACGAUUCCUAGUCUGCAGAAUGAAUCGAUGGAGGUAGAUGAUGUAAAAGAGCCGCCAACACCAGUAAAUGAAGAGGCACAAGAGGAGUCGCAAGAACCGUCAAAUGGGGAAUCGGAAGAAACAGCGAAUGAAGUGCUAAACGAGAAUUCAACGGAGGAGAUUCCAAAGACGAGUGAAGUUGAUGAGCCGGAACCGAUUGACGAGCAGGAACCGAUUGAUGAGCAGGAACCGAUUGAUGAGCAGGAACCGAUUGACGAGCAGGAACCGAUUGAUGAUCAGGAACCGAUUGACGAGCCGGAACCGAUUGAUGAGCCGGAGACGAUUGACGAGCCAGAGCCAAGUGAUGAGUAUGCGCAUUUGAAUGAGGCAACUGGUGAAUUUGCUGAGACGGAAGAUGUAGAGGCUGAUGAGAAUGUUGAGGUUGAAGAGUUAAAGAGCAAAGAGACUGAGGAGGAGGAGGAGGAGGAGGAAGAUGAAGAGAGUGAGGAGGUUGAGAGCGAGAAAGUUCAGAGUCCGGAUGACGAUCCAGAAAAUUGUGAAGAGGGUGAAGGAGAGCUGGGUUUUGAAACUCCGACUGAAGAUGCUUCAUCCCGAAAGGAUUCGAGUUUAUGCAAUAAUAAUGCUUCCAGCGAUACUUCUGUGAAGUGUGCGACUAAACCGAGUGACUCUGGUUCAGAAUUGGACAAUCUGCCGAAGGUUUAUCAGUGUCUGGAGGAAAUUGCGAGUAUGGAGGCUUCGCGACUCGCGGAGGAAGUUGAAAAGGAAGUGAGCACUGAAAAAGAAAUUGAGGAAGAAACUAUCAUUGAAGAAGAGGCCAUCGUUGAAGAAGAAGCCGUCAUUGAAGAAGAGGAGGAGGAGGAAGAAGAAGAAGAAGACAUGGAGAAGGCUGAGAGUACAAAAGAGUUGACUGAAAUUUGUGACGUGGAGGUUCAAAUAACUUCCGAAGAGAGUAGUACUAAAAAAUUGACUGAAAACGGCAACCCGGAUGUUCCAGUGACUUCCGAAAAUGUUGUCUCGAUGGAAGAGGAUGCGAGUUUGCCGGAUGAUGAUUUGAAGGAUCGAGAAUUGUUGAAAGAAUCGGAAUUGUUGAAUGAGGAGGAUCAUUCGAAUUUGUCGAUGGGAUCCGCUGAGACGGUGGUGGUCGGCCCCUCGAGGAGUGUCGAAAAACGUUUGGAUGAGGUCGAAAAAAUGGAUUUUGAUGAGAGUGCCUGUCAUUCCAAUGAAGACACGAAGGCUGAUGAUGAUAAGGAAACGAAUUCGGAAGAUAAUAGUGAGACUAUCGGGGCUUUGAUCAUGGAUGAGGACAAUGAGGCCAGCAAUGAUGUUGGCAAUGUUUCCGACGCUCAUGAUGUUAGAUCCGAUAGUAAUGAUGCCAGCAAUGACAUCAGCAAUGAGGUUAGCAACGAUGCUAAUACGGAAAUUGUGGGAAAGGUGGUUGAAGAUGAUAGUAAUUCUGGGAGUUUGCUUUUCACGGAAACCAAGGCUGUGGAAGAGGAGGAAAAGUGUGUGGAGGAAAUGAGUGUGGAGGAAAAGUGUGUGGAGGAAAAGUGCGUGGAGGAAAAGAGUGAGGAGGAAAAGUGUGUGGAGGUUUCGAAAAAGGAUACGAAGGACGUGGUGAAUGAUGCGGUUGAUGUUGAGGAGAAGAUGUGUGUGGAUGAUAAUGAGUGCCUUGAUGGAAAGCCAGAAACUGCCGUCGAGAUACGUCAAAUUGAAGCAGCAGUAAUUUCUAGCGAGGCAUCAGCGACUUCUAAUGAAGCAUCAUCAGCCGUUUCUAAUGAUGUUUCAUCGAAUGAGAGCAGUGGGAGCUCGGCGUCUGCCACUAUCACAAAAAAAGUAAUUGAUGAGAAAGAGAGUAAGACUGAAAGUACACCCACCGAGCAACGAAAGAGAGGUAGGCCUAAGGCAGUUCCACGCGAAACAACGGAAAAACCAUCACCAGCACCUGAAAUUGUACAAGGUGAAGGAACUGGAAGGCAAAAGCGAAGAACAGCUAAGAACGCGGAAGAAAUUAUCCGAACAAAGUUCUUAGGGAAUGACAGUGACGAUGAAAGUGACGAUUCGGGAAAAUAUGUGAGCGUGAAUUACAGAUCGAGAAACGAUUUACGUUCUCUGUCGCCGCCUUCUUUGAAGCGAAAUCUCGGAGAUGACGAUGACUCGUUUGACAGUGCAACUGUCAAGAAAAUUAAAAUGAGUCUGGAACCUCCGAAGCAUCUUAUUAACAAAAUUAAGGAUGAGGCGGAUAAGAAGAGCGAGGAGGCGAUUAGAAAUCUUGCCAGUGUUCGCAAAUUUUUCCAGCGGGAUGUCAAGGGACAACUGAAAAAAUUGAAGCAAGAGGAAUUGGAGGAAUUACUGAUUCAGAAGAUUGUUGAAACAAUCACAAUGAGCAGUGAAAUCGGAAAAUUGCGUGAGCAAGCACGUUUGUCGGAAAGGAAUCAGGAAGCGACUCGCACCAAGUGUCAACAAUUAGCUAAACAAAUUCAGGACUUCGAAAUGGUCCUGAAACGAAAUGCUGCGGACAGAAGUGCCGGCAAUGAUAAAUACGUUGCUCCCAUUAAGAUUAAUCGAUCAGUUGGAUUGCAAGUUAACUUCAUAUCAGAUCACGGUAUGCAGAAUAUGCGACAAAUUCAGCAAAAUGUAAAAUCAAGUUUAGCGAGUGCUGGUGGAGCGUCGUCGUCGUCGACUGACGGAACCGGAAAUCCAAGGAGGGGAAUAAAAAUACGUUCUCCUCGACGAUCGGAGAGUGUGACCAGUACGGUGAUGACACCUGCGGCCCAAUCUCAAGUCCAGUCGCCAACUGUUAAUCCGACAACUGUUAUUCCGGCAGCUUUAGUCUCGACGAAGCCAGUUGAACCUACUCGAAAUUUGCCGAUGCCCGUGCAAACAGUCACUGCACAGCCAUCGAUUUCGAGUAUGAAUAUCCGUUCACCAAAUAAAAUGGCUGCGAUGCAAGCGCUGCAGGCGACACAGCAGCAGCAAUCGCAACAAUUGCAACAGCAGUCUCAACAGCAGCAGCAGCAGCAGCAACAGUCUCAAGCCUCCUCUCAACAGACUGUUAUUCUUAAUGGAAAUCUGACGAGUCGUAUUCCGACAGCUGGCUCGCUCAAUGUGCAAAAAGCGGCGAAAGCUAAUAGCGAUCUUAUUGAUCUGACGGAUGAGGAGGAGAAGACGAAAAUCGAGUCGUCGAAAAAAUUGGGUCGUCACGUGUCGAAUGCGUUUAAAAAGACGCCCGUCGCGUUCACGAGUCAGGAGUCGCGUGUACUUUCAGCGACUGUCAGUGCACCCUCGAUGGUGUCGACAGCGACGAUUCUAUCGAACGCACAAAAUCAGAGAGCUAUUAUGCACAGUCACACGACGCCCCACUAUCAGCGGGUCAUUCAAGUGCCGACAAGUGUCGCUCUCGGAAAUCAGACUACUAAUAUCCGUUUGGUCCAGCCGAAUAGUCAAUCAACUCCUACUGCCUUAGUGAAUAAUAUAAAUGUAAAUGCACCUAGGCUCACUUAUUUAAUGCAGAGUGGAGGACAGCCCAGACAAAUCCUAAUAGCAAAUCCUAAUUCGAUUAGGCAAGGUAUAACCAAUAGGAAUCAAUUUUCAGCUCUUACGUAUAAGACAGCCAACGGAAUUCCAACUACUGCAAAUGGUACUUUAAGGCUUUUAACUGCACAGCCGAACCCUAAUGUCCAAAUUUCCAAGCAUCCUGCACCUUUACCAGAUCCUGGACCUGGUGAAACAAAUCCAAAUUGGAAACUGCCUCCUCCUGCUCCUACGUUGAAGAUAUCAAAAGUCUCUUCUGGUAUAGUAUUAUCUUGGAAUAUGCCGCUUUCCGAUAAACAUGCCGAUAUAGUUAGUUAUCAAUUAUUUGCAUACCAAGAGGUCAGCGGUACGCCCCCUAAUACAUCGUUGUGGAAAAAAGUGGGCGACGUCAUGGCUCUACCACUGCCAAUGGCAUGCACAUUAACUCAGUUUUCCGCGGGCAACAAUUACCACUUUGCCGUCCGGGCCGUUGAUUCACAUUCCAGACUUGGACAGUACAGCGUACCUGGAAACAUUUCUUUAUAGAAAAUGAAAUUUAAAAGAAAUGAAUCAUUUUUUUGCUCCUGACAAAAAACAAAACAAAAAAACCCCCCAUCUUCUCUAACUCCCGUUCUGUAUUUAACUAAAGCUUGUAUGUGUAACGGACUCAAAUUAUCAAUAAUCGACAUGUAAUAUAGGAAAUAUCGUUGCUCGGUUGAAUGUCUCGAAGAGUUUUUUUUUUUUUUUUUUUUUUUUUUAAUUAUUAUUAGAUAAUGGCAAUGUACGUUAGAAGUAAUAUGAAUAUCGUCGUCAGCGUAUGAAUAACAAUAAUAAUAAUAAUACGUUUGACUUGAGUAGGGCGUUGAUUGAUUGUGCCCGUGAAUACAAAGAUACUCGAAUUCGUGUAAGAUUUUAGUCAGUUGAUAAUAAAAAGUAAGUAGAAGUGAUUUCUUUCUCGACUAAGAUAACGCGAUUAUUUAUAAUAUAAUGAAAAAAAAAAAAGAAAAGAGUUACGAAUUGUGUCGUCGCGACUUUGUGCUGCACGCAAUAUAUAUAUAUAUUUUUUUUUUUCAAAGUGUGAUUAAUUACUAAUGAGCUCGUGUAUAAGGUAGAGACUUUAUAUUAAGAAAUAUGUGUAUAGAGAGGACGAUGAUUCAGAGGGAUGAUGAUGAUGAUCUUGAUAAUAAUUUUUUAAUGUAAAAAUAUAUAUGAAAUUUAACUUAGGUUAAUUGAUUUCUAAGCUCUAUCUUAAACAUCGCCUCUUUAUUUUUGAUGUUGUUACUUUUCUGGCACAAUAGUCAAUUUAGAAAUAAAGCAGUAGAGAAAAAUUGAAUUGGGUGCAAGGAAAGUAGAAGGUAUUUCUAAAUUGAUUGCUGUGAAUAUUUUACAUCACUCUUUAUUUCUACAUCAACAUUUCCAUACAGGUAUAACAUAAUUUAGCACCUAUUUGGUAUUUGAUAAAUUAUAUAUAUAUAUAUAUAAAUAAAA